UACAAAAAAGUAAAACUCUAUAUCAACAAGUAUCCACACAUUCUAUAUACAAAAGUAAGUAUAUGUAAAUUAUAUACACACCAUCAGUAUAUAGUCUACACAGCAUAUACAUAACAAUCCCCCCCAACAUCUCAACCAUGAAACUUUUUAUAAACUUAAUUGAAUGGAUGGAGAGGGGCCCUCUGCAGUGAGGGAGGCGUCGCCCCUUAUGGUCACAGGUGCAUUUACAUUAUAAAGCCCAGGGUGGGGGUCCCAGCACUAUGAAUACCUGGCUGCCCCCUCACACACUCACAACACACCUGACAAGCCAUGGAUUACCCACGACAUUUCUGGGACCCCCUCUACAAGCCAGUCCCCGAGCCACACAGCAUAGAGAGGAUCCUGGCCGACACGGAGAACUCUCCUGGGGAGGCCAAUGGAGGCCCCAGAGAGCCCGAUACCACUGAUGAGCGCAACAAGAAGUGCAAGAAGAAGAAUUAUCAACGCUACGCCAAACCACCCUACACCUACUUGGCCAUGAUCGCCUUGGUCAUCCAGACAUCCCCUGAGAGGAAACUUAAACUGUCCCAGGUAACCAACCUUCCAUUAUGGGGCUUCUUGGGGCUUUAGGGCAGCUAAGGGUGUGUAAUUUUUUUUAUAUAAUUUAAGCUUCUGACUGGCUCUGUUAUAUCUGCAACAUACAAAACUCAGA